AUGGCAGAAGGAAUGACUUUUGAGUGCAUGCAGGAAUUUGUUAUGGUUGCUAAGCAGAUUUGGUGGAGGAGAAAUGAUUUUAUUUUUAAUCAAAGAUUUAGACACCCUAAUCAAGUUACCAUGGUUGCAAAUGAAAACAUUAGAAUGAUGAAGGACUUGGAAAUGCAGAAAAAUGAGUCAUCAACUUCUAUUAACAGCAAUUCAGUUAUUUGGCAACCACCUCCUUUUCUUUUUUACAAGCUUAAUUGGGAUGCAGCUGUGGACAAAAUCCGAGCUAAAGUUGGUAUUGGCAUAGUAGUUAGAGAUUGUGAAGGAAGAAUAAUAGCAACUAUGAGAAGAAAACAAAGCCUCCUUCCCCUCCCUGCUCUGGCUGAAGCUUUUGGGGCUCUCUUAGCAGUGAAUUUUGCACUGGAUCUCGGUUUAACAAAGACUAUCUUCGAAGGAGAUUCUCUUCAAACAGUCCAAGCUUUGAAGCAAGAGGAAGAUCAACUGUCUAGCUUUGGCAUGUACGUCUCUGAAGCUAAGAUGAAACUUAGUAAUUUCGAAUCUUGGAAUGUUACUCAUAUCAAAAGAAGUGGAAAUGUGAUGGCUCAUGUUUUGGCACAAGAUGCUUUAGUCAUUUCUGAUGUAAUUGUUACUAUGGAGGAUAUUCCUCUAUGUAUUUCAGAUCUGAUUUAA